AAUGGCAAAUCCUCUCUAGCUCCAUUGCACACCUACGGUUCCAAUUUUCAGCGAGGAUGCCCACUCUCCCUUCCACUUUUCCUCUCAAACCCCCUCUCUUUCUUCCCAAACCGACAUCGGUUUCUCGUAUUGCAAACCGCCCCAGUAACCAACCGCUUGCAUUUCUCUCCAAAAUCCAGUCUAAAGCCAAACCCACCCACAAUUUUCUUACAUUUUCCGGGGAAAAGUUAGAAUUUUCCAACAAUGGAAGGUUUAUAUUCAGCGUGAAUUCAGGGAACGGAGGAGGAGAAGUGAGGAGUAAUGAUGAUGAUGAGGUUGAUGAGGUGGAGAGAUUGGCAAGAGCAGAGAGUACAAUGCCUGAGAGAUUCAGGUACUUGACCAAAGAAGCUUCCGAUUCUCCCGUGAGAUGGCCGUGGUUUGUUGCACUGGCAUUCCUUGUCUAUGCAUGGAGAGCAGUCUUGUUUGAACUAGCUAACUGGAGGAAGGCUGCACUUGCUAUUAUUGGUUUUCUUGGAUACCUCCUGAAACUUGUGGUAGCCCUUAUCUUCCAGUUUAUAGGGGAUCCAAUCACUUCAGUAAUCAGAUUUAUAGAGACUGCAAUCUACAUGGUUCGAGCUUUCUACUCUGGGAUUGUAGCAUAUGCUCCUGUUAAGGAACUGACUGAGAUCAUACUGCUUGCAUCAGCAAUUCUUGCCGUUGCUGAGGCUGCUGUUCCAAACUCUAUAAGCAGCCAACAAUAUAUACUCACAGUAUCUGGUAUAAUUGGCUAUGCAGCUGUGAGCGGCUACAUCUCUGAGCCACUAUUUUGGACACUUCUGUUUGGGUUAUAUGGUUUCUCACGCUUAAUUAAGAAACAGGAUGAUGUUACUUCAGCAUUACCUGUUGCAGCUAUAAUGGCUGCCAUUGGAGAGCCUUGGGUUAGGGUUUUAGUAAUGGCUUCGUAUUUAGCUCUUGCAAUCUUUCAUCAUUCAAAGAAUGUAUCAGAAGGAAAGGAGGAAACUGAAGUUCCAGCAACAGAGAGGAGGCUUCCAUUACCAUUGUUGGGUGCAGCCUUAGCAAUUGGGAUCCGUCUUGCAGCCAAGUGGGCUGGUUACCGGCACUUGACAUGGAUGAUAGUAUGAGGGCAAAGAAAUAUAGUGCCUGUCUUGCUAUAGCUUGUGAAGACAAUGAUCUUAUGUCCUUCCCCUUCCCUUCCUGCAUGGUGUGUUGCUUAUGAAAGGACAACAUUGCAGUUGAUCGGGUACCUGUAGCUCCCUGCUCAAAGAGAUCCAGUGGCUGAGAGGCUAGCUAAAAUUCAAUUUUGGUAUGCUCGUGAUACUCUUUAUGUUUAAUGGCUAAUAUUGUCUUGAUUGUAAACUUUCAACUUUGUAGUGCCAAUUGU